AUGGGUGUCCUCGUCCUGGCCAGCCUCGUCCUGGCUCUCGCGUUGGGUUGCCACGGGGGAGCCGUCCUGGAAAUCGCGUACCAAUGGAAGUACCUCGACUGGGUAGAACCGAAUGUCGGAUUGACGGGCAGCUCGUUCAUACUGGGCAACGCGUUCACGCAGGACGUCGACGUCGACAGGAUCGGCCGCGUGUUCGUGACAAGUCCACGUUGGCUGGACGGCGUCCCCAUUGUGCUCUCGACGGUGACCGACGCCAUUGGUCCUGGUGGCCCUUUGCUCGUUCCCUACCCCAACUGGGCAUGGCACACCCCUUACGACUGCAACAGCAUCGUGUCCGUCUACAGGCUCGCGAUCGAUGAGUGCAAUCGCCUAUGGGUCGUGGAUGCUGGAAGGGCCAUGUCGAAGCCAGUUUGUCCCGUCAAGAUCCUAAUCUUCGACCUGAGCACCGAUCAGCUGAUCCACAAAUACGUGGUACCAGAUGAUCAGUCCCUUUUCGGGAACGCCUCACUGGUGACACCGAUCGUCGAGCUCGGCAGGACAUGCCUCGACGCCUAUUUGUACAUAGCGGAUGUGGAGCAAAAUGGCCUGGUGAUCUAUGACCUGCGACGAGAUUACUCUUGGAGACUUAACAACACCGAGGGAAACGCCUUCGGUCCCGAUGACGACGCCAUGUUCAUCACCAUAGCCGGAGAAACGUUCGAUCUGACCGAUGGGACUUUGGGGAUGUCCCUGUCGCCUCCAGGAUUUUUCCAACAUAGGUACCUCUACUUCAACUCGCUGGCCAGCUACCAUCAGAACUUCGCAGACGUCUGUACCCUGAGAGAGAGCGAGUACUCGGAGCCUGUGAUCUUCCGCUCGAGAUACAAACGACAGAGCCAGGCCGGGGUCCAAGCGAUGUCCCGAAAAGGGGUUCUCUUCUUCCAGCUCGCUCAGCUAACGACCCUCGCUUGCUGGAACAUCGAGAGACCCUUCCUGGAGGAGAACAUCGUGCCCAUCGUCCAGGACGAGACCAAUCUGCAGUACAUCAGCGGCAUCAAAGUCAUCACCAACAUCUUCGGCGAGGAGGAGCUCUGGUUCAACACCAAUCGCCUGCAGAAGACCAUCAACAAGACCCUGAGACCCACCGAGGUCAACUUCCGCGUCAUCCACGGGAAAGUCGACGACAUCAUCAGGGGCACCAAGUGCGAGCCCAGCGGACGCAGACUCAAGGCUCCGGAUAUCUCCACUUGGCAGCGAAUAUAAUCUCCCCAGGAUUUCUACCCCACAAACUUGGACCAUCAUCCCCGGGUAGAUGAUCCCUGGAACCGUGAAUCGGGGCCAUCAACCCUUUGGCAGGAGCUAUUGGCAAGAAACCCACUCACCAC